UGCAAGGAGCUGAAUCUGUUAGCUGAUGAAGCUUGACAUAACCCGUUGAUCUACUGGAGCCCAGUUGGUCUCACGCCUCUCCGCUUUCUCAGCUCUACGUUAUUCUGUAUCAGCUUUGGGACACGAAAGUCUGAAUAAGCACCUUUAAUUCACAACCCGCGGUCUCACGCCGUUCUAAAGCCCCUCCGCUUGCUCGGUCCUACCAGUCACUAUUGUCACCCUGAGAACACGAAUGGGGGAUUAGCACAAAACCACCGACUUGCUGAGUCGCAUCCAAGACAUGUCACGUCCUUAACUAGCUCGUGCGAGCACGUGAUCGCCUAGCCAUGCACGCACCGGCUUCUCACCUCAGCCUUCACCUGGGACAGCGGUCGUCAAGCAGGAAUCCUCCUGAAAUAGUCUCCAUCAAUCGUCCGACUCUUAGGCCUCUAUACAACUCAUUUCACGUCAGCCAACGGCCUCAGAUAUCCCUUAGCCUCUACUUAUUUCCUGACUCCUUCAUCUCGCCAGUUAUCAACGCGCCAACCGGACAUCCAUUCCGUUCACCAGCACCAGAUCUCUCCGUGCGGGCGUAAAUUCUACACAACGCUCUGUAGCAGCUGUUGCGAGAAACCAUAACCCAGUAGCAGAAAUCACCGGAACAAGUAAUCAAAUCAGAUCAAAUCAAAUCCCUCUUUGUGGGACCUUGUGCUGUAACGUUACACACAUCAACACGCACGGGCCGCCAAGCCACCCUGAUGCAAUCCGCUGUCACCGCGACCAUGAAAGCCAUGAUCCAAGUUCCAGCACCCACCGUCCUGCAAACCUCGUUACCCCUAUCGCUCCACCAACAACCGCAACGUACAGGCACCGUUCAGCCUUCCCGUCAACGCGUGUCCUCAUCCGCCGUUCUCACGAGAAGAUCCCCUGGGAGAAACCGCGGAUUCGGCCCGAGCGACGAGCUUAGAGGCACUCGGGAUGUGCUGUCGCACCGCCUGCUGGGGUUCCCGCUAGGUUCACCAAAGCUGAGGGAUUUUCCACUUUCCCGCCGACAGAGCUAUGGCGGACUAGGAGUUAUUGGACCCGGCUCCGUUCGCUGCUCGCUGCUGGAUGCCAAUGGGAGAAAGCUUCGCCGCAUGUCGGUGGCGCCGGCGGCGGCGCCGGCAGCAGCGCCAGCGCCAGCGUCAGCGUCAGCGUCAUCGUCAGCAUCAGCGCCUGGGCCUGCGUCGUCUCCGUUUUCCGGAAUCUCGCAAUCGUCCGGAACCUCUUCAUGCACGCGCACACGCCGCUCCACACGCCGCCGUGCCUUCCCCGCCGUUGGAUCCCAGGCCCCGGAGCCUCCCAGCCGCAGAUCCCGUAGAACUGAAAUCUCACGGCGGAGCCAAGUCGCAGCGCCUACAGCAUCCCCCGCUGUUCCCGCUCCCGCUCACGGGGAAAAAAGCUUUGUCGCUGGCGCCGUUGGCGCAGGAGGCGGAGGGGGAGGCGGAGGGGGAGGCCCCGCGGCAAGGGGAAAGCGGACCAGGCUUCCGCGGAGAGUCGGCAACGUUGUCAAGCAUGGCACAAUGCUCAGCAGCGACGGGGCGAGUAGCGGCAACGGUGGCAGCAGUAGUAGUGGUAUUAACUGGGGUCAACCUAUCGAGGGUAGAGGAGGAGCGAGCGGGGAUCGCGGCGAGUGGUCCCCCAGCAGCAGCACGGCCGUCGAGGCCUUGAUAUGGAAGGCUGUCGUCGCCGACACGGCUAACGGUUCUAGUGCUUGGAAUGAUGAUGACUCGACCGACUCUACGAACGUCAAAAGUAACGGUUCUUGUAACGGUUUCAUCGGCCGGAACGCCUCGCCGUCUGCGGCUGCCGUCUUGGCUGCCGCCUUCCGGGAUUCCGCCGGCCGUCUGAUCGGUUCGCAGUGGUGGUGGCCGUUACUGGUCGGCGUGAACCUUGGAGUCCGCGGCUCGGAUGCCGCGAUCGGGAGCCAUGCUCGUUCAGUCGGUAAAGCCGGCUACGACGACUAUCAGCACUGGGAUGAUUGGUCCGUGUCUCUCGCGUCAGCGGCAUCCGCGGUCCAGGAACGGCGGGCGGAGAGCACGAACUGGCGGUGGCGUUUGGGGCGAUGGCACGCGGAUAUGGCGCACUGGCGGGGCUGGUGGCGGGAGCAGAUGGGGGAAUGGGGGGCCACGGCUGCAAGUGCGGCGGGAAGUGCGGCGGCGGGAGUGCUCUUGCUGAAUGUGCUCGCGGCGCUUUAUGGAACGAGCACCGUUGCCGCGAAGCUCGUUGACGACCAGCCCGUGUCACUGCCAUCAUCUCUGACGGCCGCCGUCAGGUUCUCCGCCGCGGCCGUCGUCUUCUCGCCCGUCAUCUUCGCUAUCCUGUCGAAGCGGAGCACGCGGAGCUCCCCCCGAGCGGGGGGAGAAGCGGCAAGUUCUCCGCGUAAGGGCGCAGCUGGCGAUGAAGGCGCUGCCGCUGGCGGAAGAGCGGCAAACAACCGAGGGGAAGGCGCGCAGGCGGGGCGCAUGCGGAAGGAGGCGGAGGGGCGUGAGGCGGAGGGUGGUAGGUGGGACAGCGAGUGGUGGCGCGAGGAGGGGGUGAUUCUAGGAGGCAUGGAGCUGGCAGGAUGGAGCUUCCUCGGCUCGCUGCUGCUCCAACACGCCAGCAACACCAACGGCACCAGCGCCGCUCUGCUAUACGCCUUCUCCAUUUGUUUCCUUCCGCUCAUGGAGCUGUCGUCCGGCCGCGCGCUCCACCGCUCCACUCUGCUGGCAGUCGUGGCCGCGCUCCUAGGCAUGGGCGUCCUGGGCGAGCACGGCGCGGGCUGGGCGCUCCCUCUCUCUCUCCCGCAUUUCUCGCUCCACCAAGACGCAGCCGCUGCCGCUGCCGGCGCUCUCACCCUUCCCCUUCCGCGAAGCUUCGACCUGAACUCUCUCCUCGGGUCGCUACUUGCCGCCGCGCAGAUCUUCCGCUCCGAGGCGCUCACCACGCGCUUCGACCCGCUGCGCCUCGCUGCCGUCCAGGCCGGCACGCUCGCGCUGCUAGGCCUCGGCUGGGAAGCCGAGAUUAAAGCCAUCCCGUGGCUCCCGCUGGUGUACGGAGGCGCGGUGGGGUCUGGACUAUGCGUCUGGCUGGAACUAUGCGGAUUAAGGCGCGUUCCGGCGUCCAUAGCUAUGCUGGUGUACACGUCUAUACCCGUUUGGGGCGCUCUGUUGUCGUUUGCGGUGAGGGGGGAAGCGCCCGGGUUCUCGGUUGCGAUGGGGGGAGGGAUGAUAGUGGUGGUGGGUGCGCUGGCGCACUGGCUGCUGGCGGAAGGGGAGAGGGAGAAGGAACGGGAGAGGGAAGAGGAGAGGAGGAGCAGAGAGGGAUUGGAGCAGGAAGGGGUCUCACAGGCAGGAGUCGCACAGGCAGCAGUCGCACAGGGCGCGGGGGAGCGGAGAGCCGGUGCACUGGCGAAUGGGCGCAUUCGGUGGCGCGUGUUGGGGGAUGCGGAAGGGGUGGCAUGGGUGGAGACAGCGGAAAGGACGGAAGAAGCGGAACGAGCGAAAGCAGGGCGGAGGAGGCGAAGUGAAAGCCGAGCGGAGAUAGUGGGAGCAGUUGGGGGGGGGGAGAUGGAGGAGAAAGGAGGGGAGGCAAGAGCGGGUGCAGGUGGAGAGGAGGCGGAAAAGGGAGACGGGAGCAGCAGCAGCAGCGGCGGCGGCACCAGCAGCAGCAGCAGCAGCAGCGGCAGCGGCAGCGGCAGCGGCGGGCAGAUGAGGGAGCAGAUCUCAGUGGCGCUGGUGACGUCGCAGCUCAAGUACCCGUGCUACGCCGUGCAGGCGAAGCGAGUGCUGGUGGAGCUCCAGGUCAACCUCGGCGUGGGCGUCCAUAAGACCCUCGUCAUCUCCCUCCCCUCUCUCUCCCUGCCCUCUCUCCCCUCCCUGCCCUCUCCCCCAUCCCUCCCCUUCUCCUUUCCUCCUCUCUCGUCCCUCCCCUCGCUUCCUCACAUGCCGACUCUCCCCUCCCUGUCCCUGCCGUUUCCGUCCCCAUCCCCAUCCAUCUCGCUCUCCUCCUGGUCCAUCCCCUCUCUCUCCCCCCUACUUGGACCUUCGUCCUAUACCACCACCAUCGCCGCCCGCACCACUCCUUCUCUGUCUCCCGCCUCCGCCUCGCCCCCCCUCUCCUCCGCCUCGCCCCCCCUUUCCUCCGCCUCGCCCCCCCUCUCCUCCGCCCUCUCCUCCACCUCACCCCCCCUCACCUUCGUCUCCUCCCCUUCUCCGCUCACCACCAGCUCCUUAUCCUCCUCUGCCCAUUCCUCGUCUCCCUGCAUCCCUACACCAUCCUCAUCCCCCAUGUCCCCUGCUCCCCUGCCUUUGUCGCUGCAACCAACCCAACCACUCUCCGCCUCUCCCCCCUCGUCGACUACUGGCAGCAGCAGCAGCAGCAGCAGCAGUAAGAAUGGCACCGGUGGUGACGCUGGCAUCGGUGGUAAAAGCAGUGUCAAUAGCAGCGGCAACAGCAGCAGCAGCAGCAGCAGCGGCAGCAGCAGCGACAGCAAUGCUGCCAUCACACUUCCCCUUACGUCUGCAUCAACCAUUCCCACCAUUCCCACGACCACCGCCGCCACACCUGCUUCAUCCCCCCCACCCACAACCACAGCUUCGGUAGCCGCUCCCACCCCUACAGCACUGCCCUCCACCGCAUCCAACCCCACAACAUCCUCCCCCACCACAUCAAGCAAUGCAGUCCCGGCUCUUGACAUACCUCAAAGCUCAGCUGCAGACAGCGGUCCCGAUUCAGCCUUGUUGUGGACGCUCCCAUCCCCAUUGGCGCCACCUCCCAUUGCUGCAUUGCCUCCUGCUGCACCCCAGCCCACGCCAGCAGCUACCAGCAUCACCCAGACUCAGAGUCAACCGCUGACUCUGACCCAGACUCAGAGCGCCCCAGCGUUUCCCCCAUCCUCCACCUCGGCUCCAACAUCCCCUCCCCCUUCUUCCUCUUCCGCCUCGUCUGCCUCGUCCGCCUCAUCCGCCUCGUCCGCGUCUUCCUCUCCCUCCUCCUCCUCCUCUGCUCCCAUGUCCUCGUCUUCUGCACCCGCCAGUCCAUCCCUGUCUGCUUCUUCGGGUCCUGCUUCCACUUCUGUUCCCGCUUCCACUGACAAUUCUAGUGCCAAUGCCACCUCUACCACCCCUACACCUGCCACCUCUGGCAGCAGCCCCAGCACGAGCAGCACCCCUGCCACUGCUUACGCUGCCACUUCUUCCGGCUUGCCUGCUCUCAGCAAUCCAGCGGCGCCCACAGGAGCCCCUGCUGCCAGCACCACCAGCAGUGCCAGCACCAGCAGCACCAGUGGUAGUGGUAACAGCAGCAGCAGCUUGCUCCUGGCAGGGAUUGACCCUACAGCGUCGUCUGCUGGUGUUGCUGCUUCUGCAGCCUUGAGCACUGGCUCCGCUGCCUCUACUGCCUCUACUGCCUCUACUGCCUCCACUGCCUCCACUGCCUCCACUGCCGUCACCGCCGCCACAGCCCCACCCACUUUUGUUCCCCCUUCUACUACCUCCACCGUCUCUCCAGGCAACGCUGCUGGAGCCCCUCUGUCCGCAGCUGCGUCUCUUGCCACCCCCGCUGCAGCAUCAGCUCCAGUAGCAGGCUCUAGUGCUACUGCUGGUUCUCCUGCAGCAGGUGCCCCCAGUGCUGCUGCUCCUGCUGCUAGCCCUGCGCUUGGCACGGGAACAAGUAGCACAGGCUCAUCUCCCACCAACAGCACCAACAGCACCAGCCCGGCCACCAGCAGCACCACGACCACGACCACGACCACCGUCGCCCCUACCAACUCGACUCCCCCAUCUGGGCCAUCACCUGCUCCUCCCUCCGCUGCAGACGCACCACAUGCUUCAGCUGCCAAGGCAUCGUCAUCAGGCUCGUCAGCAGCAGCAACGUCAGCAGGGGAUGGGUCGGGGGCAGCAGCCAUGGCAGCAGCAGGGGCGGUGCAGGCGGUGGAGGCAGAGGCGGAGCUGGGUGCUGCUGCUGCCGGCAUGGCGGAACAGGCCGUGGGAGAGCAGAUGUUGGCAGAGCAGAUGCUGGGAGAGCAGAUGCUGGGAGAGCAGAUGUUGGGGGAAAUUGGGGAGCAAGCAACAGUGCUGGGUGAUCACGUGACUCUGGCUUCUGACCAGCUGCUGGCUCUAGACCCAGCUCUUGCUCUUCCUGAGCUGGUUCUGCCCGAGGCAGUCUCUGAGAGCCUUCCUAGCGUUGCUGAGAAGGUAGCUGAGAACGUGGCCGGGAGUCUCCCCACGAUUGUAGAAGACCUUCCCAAGGUGGCGUUUCAGGGAACAGGUUCGGAGUCCUCUGUAGUAAUGCUGGCGGGUUUGGGGGCUGAGGCUGAGACGGCGCUGGAAGUGGCGGCGUCAGCAACUGCUGCUGCUGCUGCUGCCUUGGCAGCUGAGCUCUCAGGAAGCAUGGACUCGGUGCUGGCGUUGGAAUCGCUAUCGCUAGUGGAGGUCCUUGAUGGUGCUGUGCUCACUGGCGCUGCAGCUGACGUCUCCAGUGCUGUUAUGGUGGCCGAUGUUGGAGCGGAAGCCGCAUCAGCUGCAGUGUCAGCUGUUGCGGCGUCGUCCGGAGCAGCAGCAGCAGCAGCAGCAGAAGCUGCAGCAGCUGUGCCAGCUUCAGCAACUGUGGCUCAACUACUCCCUUUUGGAGCUGGUGGUUCGCUUGUGGAGACGUCGCUGGAGCUCUGGAUGGCGCUCAAUGGCUCCAUGGCCGAGGUAUCACAAGUUAUCGCAGAAGUGCUGCUGUUGGUAUAGUUUGGUGCCGUAAAUAUAGCCCAUUUUCCCUGAGGGCAAGCUCAUUCUAAUGACGAGCACCAUUUUUGGACAUAUUAUAGCGUUUUGCUGUUUGUGCAUGUGCAACUUUUGGAAUGAGAUUGUAUACUUCU